AGGAAAUGACGAUAUGCGUUUUGAUAAUGUUGAUUUUGAUUCCGACUUCGAUCCAAAUGAACACGACAGAAGGAUGAAAGAGCUUUUUAAUGACGACUAUUAUACUGAUGGUAAAGACGAGAUGCAGAAGCCAGAAUUCCCGGAGAUCGAUGAAGAAUUGGAUAUUGAGCUCAAGUGGGACACAUAUGAUCCAACUACAGAUAAAAUUGACAUGGAAACUGCGCAAUACGAAGAACCUCAUUGUGAAGAUCCAAAUUUUAAUAUGGACGCUGAUUACGAUAAGUCCCAAAAUCUACAGUCCGAACUCAUUGAAAAUACGAAAAGGAGAAAACGGAGGAAGCGCUCUAAAUUCGCGGAGCUUAUAGCAAAGGAGAAACCGAAAUUUGAUCCAAAACAAUUUCCUUC